AUGCUCGUGGCGUUUGUUGAGCGGGCGCUCUCCAUCUUUGACGACGAUGCUAUCCCUGUUGUGGACCAGCCAGACCUCAAGCACUUCAACGUCACCAGGAUCUCUAGUCACUACAUAGAUACCAAGGGAUCAAGCAUCGAAAAGCGCGCACUCAAGCUCGAUUAUGUCUUGUACGAUGUCGCGUUCAACGGCCGCAAUGAGGGCAACUUGGUCCCGUUUCGGGUCACCGGGCAACUACUUGUCUUUAAGCGCAUUCCGGUUGUCAAUAGUCCAAAUGGCGCAAACCCCGUUGAUGUCGUCAUCAAGGUCGGCAACCCGGCUGGCAAUCCCGUCGCCGGAAGCAUCCAUUACGUGACCAACCGUUACCUAAAUGCCUUCCUUGGCGGCAUUCGAGACGGAUCACGGACCGAUUUCGCGCGUGUUUCGAUCAAGUCAGACACGAUCAAGGUCUCGGCCGACACAGCCUUCUCACUCAUCAACGCGCUCUCGGUUUUCAAUGCCAGAAGCGGUUUCUUCGCUGACGUGUAUAAUGCGUAUAGCGGAGGUUUUACGCUGACGGUCAAGAAUGGCAAGAUGACAGGGAGGGUUGGCUUUAUGGGGAAGCAAGUCAUUUCUGGGGCAUCGCCGCCAUAUCGGGCUAGGGUUGGGGGAAAGGCUAAACAGAAGGGUAGGAUUACGCUCUGA